ACUGUGUGACAACCCUCUGCUGGAGUCAGGAGCCAACACCUUGCUGGAAAUGCUGCCAGAGAACCAGUCCCUGACACAUCUGUCCCUGAUGCACACUGGGCUGGGGGAUCAGGGGGCCCUGGAGCUGGCUGAGAAGCUCCAGCAGCACGCGAGUCUCCAGGAGCUCAACGUGGCCUAUAACAACAUCGGAGACAAUGCUGCUCUGGCUCUGGUGGACGCCUGCAGGGAACACCCCAGCAUUCACACUGUGCACUUGUAUCUGAACCCUCUCAGCGAUGUGGGGAAGCAGUCCCUGUAUGUCCGAGGUGUUCCCAAGAGCCACGGGGACAGUAGCCGACGGGUCCGGGUCCUGGCUUCAGUCACUGAAGGCUCAGACGUAUCUGAGGACUGGCACCCCAUCCUCAGUGUGAUUCGAGAGAAUGCCUCCUCCUGGGACCGCGAGCGUGUCAAGCAGCAGCUUAAGGUUUUCCUCAGUGAUCUGGAGUGGGGGCGUCAGCAGCAGCAGAGUCUCUGGAAGAGGCUGCACUUCCGUAGGGUGGAGAAGGGAGUCCGGCAGACUCUAAAGAUGCUGGAGAAGGACACUGUACCUCCACCUACAAAAUGCAGCAAGUAACCCAUAAAAAAGUGGGGCGCCCGGUUAGCUCAGUCAGUAGAGCUGGUGACCCAUGUACGGAGUUCUUGCAGCGGCCCAGGGUUCGAAUACUGACCUGUGGCCCUUUGAACUGCGUGUCGAUCCCCUCUCUCUCGUGACCCCCU